CGUAUGGUACUGUUCAGUACAGUUCAGUACUGUUGGGCUUGUUCGUGCAGUAGCGUCACUUAAUUCAAUUUUCAAAGUAUAUGCGGACUGUUUUCAGAAAAUCUAGGUUUUUCUAAGUUAUGUAAACUAUAUUUGUCGCAACAAUGGGGAAUUUCGCAAGUAAAUUUUUCAUGCAUCAAGGAGAACAUAAUUCUGAAAUUAAAGCUCAGCCCCAGAUCCACAAUGUAAUAUUGGAGAAUAACGUAAUGCAUACACCUCCAGUUACUAAAAGAACAUUGCCAGUAGAUCCCCGAUCUGCUACUGUUGGAAUAUCCAGAACGCCUAUUGAGGUAAACUGUACGCCUUCAGCAACAAAACACACAAUAAGUGCCAUACCUAAGUAUUUACAAGUUAAGCCUUACUUAGAGACUGACAUUGAUAUAGUAAUGCCACCGUGGACACCAAAAAAGAAAGAACCAAUUCUAAAACCUCUUCCAAUUACGCUUUUGACCACCCCUGCAGAAACACGACCAACUCAUACUCCUUCAAUAAACGUAAAUGGUAGCGGUACUCCGAUAGAAGAAUUACGUGAAAAAAUUCUGGGACUUGAUCCAAGAUCACCAGCUGUGGACUUCAGUCGAACUCCGAUUCUUCAAUCUAAAUCUCUAGUUCGCAUGAGGGCACGUUCUCAUGAGAAUUUGACUAGACGUGGCAGUUACACAACUGACGUCUCACACAAUUCUAGAUUUUCAUACUGUGAAACAACCACUGCUGAUCACAUUCUCGAGAUACAGGCUUUGCCGGAUAUUAUUAAAAAUUUGGAGAAUGGAGUAUCUAGAGAAAAACUAUUUGCUGAGCCCAAAGAGCAGGAUUCAUUUAGUUCCAGUAGCAGUGCUAGCACUGAGACUAUUUCAUACAGUGAAGACGAUGUUACUGUAAUCCGUAAUCCUAAUGCUAAAGUGCCUACAGAUUUCAAUAAGUCGGUAUUUAAAUCUUACCCAAAUAUUACUCCUGAAUCAACAAUAAAUUUAGAGAACAUGGUUCCGGUGGUAAUAUCAGAGAAGACAGUAAUCAAAACGGCACAGGAUAAUAUUAAUAAUGUACUAGCUAUGGCUGGAAAAUUUGGUGAACAGAAGCAGCUACUUACUGAAAAUGAAGAUAAAAUAAGAAUUUGGAGAGAUUCGAUAUCGCCAGAUAUUCCAGAAAAUUUGAAUCUAGAAAAUAUGGAAAGUUUGAAAUCAAUAGAUGAAUCUGCUGGUACAUCCACAGGGAAGGAAGAAGUUAUCAUAGAGUUUGAUGAUAAUGUAUUAAUUAAAAACUCUAAAGUCUCUCCUAUAAAGAAAGUUGAAAAGAAAACCGAAUCGUUGACUAAAAAGAAGAAGAUUGUUAAUUCAGAAAAUAUUGUUACUGAUGACUGGAAAGCCUUUACCCCUGAUGGCAAGAGUAUCAGUCUGGUAUCGAAGAAUCGUACGCCUUUGGGAAAUAGAUCAAAUAAUGCACAAAAACAAUUAAUGCCUACAAAGUCACCACAGCCAAUAUUGCGCAACAAGACACUUAUUGCCAAAGUACAGCAGGAAAAUACACCACCUAAUAAUAAAAGAUAUGUCACCAAAUCUAAACAAAAUGGCAUUCUUUGGGAUCCUGAUUCUACGGUAAUCAUUUAAGCAAAAGGUAAUAAUGAAUUAUGUAUAUUUAUGGAAUUAAGUAGUACAUUUAAGAUAUCUAAGUGCCUUAACAAAAGGGAGUCAAUUUCAUAUUUUCAAUAAUUAGCUCAAUUAAUUGUUUAUGUAAUCAUUAAAUUAAGAAUGUCAAUCAUUUAAGGAUAAGGAUAGUGUAUUUUAUACUAUUGUACUAUCAGAAUUUCAUUGUAAUAUUUAUUUAUAAAAAAACUAAAUAAACAUUUAUAUAUGUACAAUA